GUUCCAAGUGUGGGCGUACUAUGAGUGAAACUAAAAUAAAAAGAAAUAGAUUCAAACAUAUCCCGUUGUACCGGUAACGGCUGUGAGAUGCGUGCGAACUGCCAAACCUGAACCUUUGAAUAAACUGCCGGAUUUUUUUGGAACAAUUGAAUAAACUGCCGGAUUUUUUUGGAACAAUUGAAUAAACUGCCGGAUUUUGCCUUAUUUUUGACUAAUAGACGUGAGACGAAAAUCAUUCUCGUACGAAUCAUUUUUCAGGGUUAUACCCGGGAUGGCGUCGGCGAUUGUGAGAUCCGGCAUCCGCUCCGCCCUACGCGGUGGUGUAUCUCCCAGAACCCAGGGUUUCAAGCGUAGCUUCGCUUCCUCUGCCCAUCUUGACGAGGCCGCCGAAGCUUCAAAGUGGGAGAAAAUUACUUAUGCAGGAAUAGUUGCAUGUAGUAUACUUGCAGUUGUUACUCUCUCAAAGGGUCAUCCACACCACUAUGAGCCUCCUGCAUAUUCAUACAUGCACAUUCGCAACAAGGAGUUUCCAUGGGGUCCAGAUGGCCUUUUUGAGGCGAAGCACCAUUGAUUGUUGCCCCCAUCAUUCUGAAGACAAGGAAUAAUUUGUUUGGAAAUUGCUUUCAAGAUUUCGUUGAAUCUCGUGCAGUAUUUGCAGCUCAAGUUUUUGUUUUCCUGGUUUUUAGGUCACUUAACGUUGGGAAACUUUCACAUAAGAGGUUGGAAUGUAAUUUUUCCAGCAACUUCAAAUUUCAGAACUAUACUUCAAGCAAAAUACUGAAGAAAAAUUCUGACUUUAUUUGGUCAUUUGGCUCAACUUUUUUUAUACUUUUCCUUUUAAAUGGUUGAAAUGAUCGUAAAAAAUAAAUAUUUAG